ACGCGGACAGUUUGGGUGUGGAGGUAAACACAGGUCACAACUGCUGAGACUUAUUUUAACCAAACACGCCGACAAUGUCUCGUUUCAGAAAGCCGGAGAAGGUGGACUCUCUGGCGGGUUUCAGGACGGAGAAGACCGAGCCGAUGGUUCCUUACGGUCUGCUGAAGGCAGCCAGGAAAAGUGGGCAGCUCAACCUGUCGGGCCGAGGGCUGACAGAAGUCCCUCAGAACGUGUACCGUCUGAACGUUGACACACCGGAGGAGGCAGAGAAGAACGUGUCCUUUGGCGCAUCAGAACGCUGGUGGGAACAGACUGACCUCACCAAACUACUGCUCUCCUCCAAUCUGCUCACACAACUGUCUGAUGACAUUUCACUACUGCCUGGACUCACGACGCUGGAUCUCCAUGACAACAAGCUGAGCAGUUUACCUGGUGCUUUGGGAGAACUACAGGAGCUCCAGCAACUGCGAGUCAGUCAUAACCAGCUGACAACACUGCCAGUGGAGGUGUGUUCUCUGCAGAACCUCCGCAGCCUCACAGUCCAACAGAACCAGCUGGAGAGUCUGCCAGAGGAACUGGGGCAACUGAAGAACCUGACCGAGCUGGACCUGUCCAACAACCAUCUGAAGGGCCUGCCGUCCGGCCUGGGCCGACUCACCUGCCUGCAGAAACUGAACCUGAGUGACAACAAGCUCAGCUCUCUGCCCGACAGUCUGGCACAGCUCACAAAUGUGAAGAUGCUGGACUGCAGCAAAAACCAGCUGACUGACAUCCCUGCCAGCCUAUCAGGGAUGCUCGCUCUGGAGCAGCUCUACCUUAGACACAACAAGCUCCGCCUCUUCCCACAGCUGCCUGCACCUGCGCUCAAGGAGCUGUAUGUUGGGAACAACCAGAUUGAGCAUCUGGAGGCGGAGCAGCUGGCCUGUCUGGCGGCCAUCUCUCUCCUAGAGCUCCGAGACAACAAGAUCAAAAGCCUCCCUGAACAGAUCACCCUACUGAGCACGCUCACGCGCCUCGACCUCACCAACAAUGACAUCACCAUUCUCCCAGCGUCUCUCAGCCUGCUGCCCAAUCUGAAGGUCUUACUGUUGGAGGGAAACCCUCUGCGAGGAAUCAGGAGAGACGUGCUCACUAAAGGAACCAAUGAGCUUCUGAAGUAUUUAAGAGGAAGAAUCAAAGAGGAGCCAGAGAGAGCAGAUCAAGGACAUACAGCCAUGACGUUACCCAGCCAGGCCAGCGUCAAUGUACAUAGCAUUAAAACUCUCAAAACACUGGUGUACAGUGAGAAACAGGCAGGUGUUAUUCCAGAUGAGCUGUUUGAUGCUGCAGCAGAUCAGGGUGUUACCACUGUUAACUUCAGCAAGAACCAGCUGACCUCCAUACCUCCCAGACUGGUGGAGUUCCACUCCUCGCUGUCAGACGUCAACCUGGGGUUCAACAAACUGACCUGCUGCUCUCCUGAUGUCUGCAAGUUACUGCAGCUGACACACAUCGACCUCAGGAAUAACCAGCUGAGUGAUUUACCACCUGACAUGAAGAGCUUAACUAAACUACGCUCCAUUAUCCUCAAUUACAACAGGUUCAAGUCCAUCCCUGAAGUCCUCUAUCAGAUUUCAUCCUUGGAGACGGUGUUGCUUGGUAACAACCAGGUGGGCGCGGUGGACCCUGGUCUUCUGAUGAAGUUGGUGAAUCUGUCGACGCUGGAUCUGUCAAACAACGACCUGCUGAACGUCCCCCCUGAGCUGGGCCUGUGCUCCAGCCUCAGGUGUCUCAGUCUGGAGGGGAAUCCGUUCCGCUCGCCCCGAGCCGCCAUCGUGGCCAAAGGAACAGACGCAGUGAUGGAGUACCUCCGCAGCCGCAUACCUACAUGACCUCUGACCUCUGACCUCAGCCGGGACAGCUCCACCACCGUCAUCAACACAGACCUUAACUGGCCUUAAAAAAAAUUCUCCUUUUUUAAAUUAAUUUUUGCAUUUAAAUGC